CGGCUCCGGAGAAGGCGGGGCGGAGCCGGGGGCGUCCGGGGGGCCGGGCUACGCCUCCCGGGGCCGCUCGGCCGCACCCGUCGGCGGAAGCCGCGCUCGCUCGCGCAGGAUCGGCGCCGGGAGCGGGGUCCGCGGGCCGGUAGAGCCGCGGGCCUGGGGCUGCGCGCGGUGCCGCUCGCCGGGGCCGGCCGCCUGCCGCAGGACGCGAGCGUCGCGCCCCCGGGGCCAUGCAGCGCUUGGCCAUGGACCUGCGGAUGCUGUCCCGGGAGCUCUCCCUGUACCUGGAGCACCAAGUGCGCGUUGGCUUCUUCGGCUCGGGCGUGGGGCUGUCCCUGAUCCUGGGCUUCAGCGUGGCGUACGCCUGCUACUACCUGAGUAGCAUCGCCAAGAAGCCCCAGCUGGUGACCGGGGGUGAGAGUUUCAGCCGCUUCCUUCAGCAUCACUGCCCAGUGGUGACAGAAACGUACUACCCGACGGUCUGGUGCUGGGAGAGUCGAGGACAGACCCUGCUGAGACCUUUUAUCACUUCCAAGCCCCCGGUGCAGUACAGGAAUGAACUUAUUAAAACUGCAGAUGGAGGACAGAUUUCACUAGACUGGUUUGAUAAUGCCAGCAGUAAGAGAUAUAUGGAUGUCAGCACUAGGCCUACUAUCUUAUUAUUGCCUGGCCUCACUGGAACAAGCAAGGAAUCAUAUAUCCUUCACAUGAUCCAUCUUAGUGAAGAACUGGGAUACAGGUGUGUGGUUUUUAACAACAGAGGAGUGGCAGGGGAGAAUCUUUUGACGCCAAGAACUUACUGUUGUGCUAACACUGAAGACUUGGAGACAGUCAUUCACCACGUCCACAGUCUGUACCCAGCCGCCCCCUUUCUCGCAGCAGGGGUUUCAAUGGGCGGAAUGCUGCUGUUAAAUUACCUGGGGAAGAUUGGGUCCAAAACUCCUUUGAAGGCUGCUGCCACUUUCUCAGUUGGCUGGAAUACUUUUGCUUGCUCAGAGUCAUUGGAAAAACCACUGAACUGGCUGCUUUUUAAUUAUUAUCUGACAACCUGCCUCCAGUCUUCAGUCAAUAAGCACAGGCAUAUGUUUGUGAAACAAAUUGACAUGGAUCAUGUUAUGAAGGCUAAGUCCAUCAGAGAGUUUGAUAAGCGAUUCACUUCGAUCUUGUUUGGAUAUCGAACAAUUGAUGACUAUUAUACUGAUGCCAGUCCAAAUCGUAGACUCAAAUCAGUAGGCAUUCCAGUGUUGUGUCUGAAUUCCGUGGAUGACGUUUUCUCACCUAGUCAUGCUAUCCCAAUAGAAACUGCUAAGCAAAACCCUAAUGUUGCUUUGGUUCUUACUUCUUAUGGAGGCCACAUUGGUUUUCUGGAGGGACUCUGGCCAAGGCAAUGCACGUACAUGGAUCGAGUCUUCAAGCAGUUCGUGCAGGCCAUGAUUGAACAUGGACAUGAACUCUCUAACAUGUAGUUCUUCAGGUGCAUUUUGUCUGAAUCACCAACGAGAAGCAACUCAGCUUAAUGCACAAAUAUUAACUACUGUAGAGAGAACAAAUAAGCCAGCAGGUGAUGAAGAAGUCCAGAAUGACAUGACAUGCAAAAACUACUUUUGGGGAAACAAAACAACUUUGUAGCGAGAAAUGGAUUAUAGAUUUAGACUGUAAUUUAUGUAGAUUUUAUUUUUACUAUGCCUUACCAAGUAUGACCUUAAAGUAGAACAAAUAUGAAAUUGCACUUAACCAAAACUAUUGUGUCAAAAGAAUUUUAAUUCCUCAGGGUUUUAAUUUAGGCUAGUAUUUUUUUUAGAUUACUCAUCUUAGGUGAUUUAAUGGUACUUUAAUAACCGCUAAGCAAGUUUGGUUAUAUAAAUGUAUGUUAAGUUGGCACAUUCCUAAGGAUAUUUAUAUCUAGUGAUGAUAACAUGAAAACUGAAAUAAGAUAAAAUACAGUAAAUUAAAUAUUUUAUGUAUUCCAACUUCAAAAGGCAACAAUGUUAGACUGACCUCUAUAUGUGCUCUUUUACUCAUAUGAUACUAAGGCUGAUUUAUGUUUUAUAAUGAUUAUAGUUUACAUGCUUAUUUUUAAAUAGUUUAUGUGCAUAUGUCAUUAUAUUAAAAUAAAAUCUAUCAUUUUAAAUUUU